CGUCUGAGACGUCAAGUUCCCCGCAGAAGAAACUCCAUCUCCCACCCGGCUCAUCGCGUCACAUUUUUGUGCGAGCAUAGGCUUCUAAUCUUCGGUCGUGAUAACGUCGACGUCGUUUUCUACCGCGAUUUCCAACAGCGGCAAGUAGUAGUGUGUCGUUGACCAUCGUGACGACCGCUCCACCUCGCUACCGAGGUCUAUGCUCGAGUGUAGUCCUCUCCCGUCGACUUCUUUCUUUCCUUUUCUCUUUCUCUUCUCAUCUUCUUAUUUUACCAUAAAAAUUCUCCGAAGCGAAACUCGCUGAAAGAACUGCUCGCGAGAUAUUCCCUUCACGGAUUAUCAGAUUUCCCAUUCUGAGACACGAUCUUCCGAUUGAUAUUUAAUACGAAUCCACGCUUCUUUUCUAUUCCUAUCUCGUUAUAUCGGUAACCUUCCAUUCUUCGGUCGAGAAAAGGGCGCACGGGUGAUCAGGUGACAUUCGUCGGAUUAGAAAUAUCGUAAUAGUGUCGCGUUGGUGAGAAGGUGAGCAAAAGGGCGAAGAAGUUGAAGAGGCAACCAUGUACGCGAGAUUGUUACUAUUGAGAUCCAGUAAACUUGGAUGUAUUCCAAGGAGAUUGGCUUCGUCCUCUUCGGGGGCGAGGGUGCCCAAGCAAGCAGCGGUAGAGGGACCUCGUAAACCAACGAUGUUCAACGAACGCAGCCAGCUGACGUAUACAAGACGUUUGGUGGUGAAAUUGGGCAGCGCCGUGAUCACGAGGGAGGAUGAACACGGACUGGCACUGGGUCGCUUAGCGUCCAUAGUGGAACAGGUAGCCGAGUGUCAAAACGGAGGUCGUGAAUGUAUUAUGGUAACUAGCGGUGCGGUUGCAUUCGGCAAACAGAAGCUCGCCCAAGAACUGUUGAUGUCCUUAUCGAUGAGGGAAACGCUGAGUCCUGGCGGACACAUGAGAAAACGAUCAGGCACCCCUUUAGAACCUAGAGCAGCAGCCGCAGUGGGACAAUCAGGCCUGAUGUCGUUGUACGACGCCAUGUUCGCCCAAUAUGGAGUGAAACUGGCCCAGGUAUUAGUCACCAAGCCGGAUUUCUACAACGAGGAAACUCGUAAGAAUUUGUUCAGCACCCUGAGCGAAUUACUUAGCUUGAACAUCGUUCCUAUAAUCAAUACCAACGACGCUGUCUCACCUCCACCACAUGUUGACGAGGAAGUAGCCGGUAGUGGAGGAAGAAGAGGUAUUUCCAUCAAAGACAACGAUUCCUUGGCCGCUAUGCUGGCUGCUGAAAUUCAGGCAGACUUAUUAAUCUUAAUGAGCGACGUCGAUGGCAUUUACAAUCUGCCUCCGUGGCAUGAUGGCGCUAAGAUGCUGCAUACAUUUAGCAUGGACCUUAGGGACACCAUCAAGUUUGGACAAAAGUCGAAGGUCGGUACCGGUGGCAUGGACGCGAAAGUUAAUGCAGCGCUUUGGGCUCUGGAUCGAGGUGUCUCCGUAGUGAUCUGUAACGGAACUCAAGAGAAGGCUAUAAAGAAUAUUCUGUCCGGAAGAAAGAUCGGUACAUUCUUCACACAGACGACCGAAACUUUCGCACCUGUAGAGGUUGUUGCCGAAGAAGCUCGCGCCGGGAGCCGAGUUCUGCAAGCCCUUCAACCAGAGGAACGAGCAAGCUGUAUCAACACGUUGGCUGAUCUCUUGGAAUCCCGUCAAAGGGAAAUUCUAAGUGCUAACGCGAAGGACCUCGAGGCAGCGGAGAAGAGUGGCUUGGCGAAAGCUUUGCUCUCCCGACUUUCCUUGACGCCUGCCAAAUUGAAGUCUCUGAGCUCUGGUUUGCGGCAAAUUGCCAACGACUCCUUAACGAACGUCGGUCGUGUGCUCAGGAGAACGAGACUGGCUGAAGGUCUCGAACUGAAGCAAAUCACUGUUCCCAUCGGUGUAUUGCUAGUGAUAUUCGAAUCGAGACCCGACAGUCUACCUCAGGUGGCGGCAUUGGCAAUGUCCAGCGCCAAUGGUCUUCUUCUGAAAGGAGGCAAGGAAGCAGCCAACAGCAAUCGGUAUUUAAUGGAGCUGGUAAAGGAGGCAUUGAGUACCGUCGGCGCUGCAAACGCGAUAUCCCUUAUCUCAACCAGAGAGGACGUUGGUGAUCUGCUGUCGAUGGGCAAGCACAUAGACUUGGUGAUUCCUCGAGGCAGCUCUGACCUCGUUCGUAGCAUUCAGGAACAAUCGAAGCAUAUCCCCGUGUUAGGUCACGCGGAAGGUAUAUGCCACGUGUACGUGGACAAGGAUGCGGAUCUGAUGAAAGCUAUGAAGAUUAUUAGGGACUCGAAAUGUGAUUACCCUGCCGCUUGUAACGCUAUGGAGACGUUGCUUAUUCAUGAAAGCCAUAUGAAAAGUAGUUUCUUCACGGAUGUAUGCAACAUGCUACAGAAGGAAGGAGUGAAAGUAAAUUCCGGGCCCAGACUGAGAGAACAACUGACGUUCGGGCCACCAGCUGCGAAAAGCAUGAAGACCGAGUAUGGAGCCCUUGAAUGCGCGAUCGAGGUCGUGACAGACAUCGACGAUGCUAUAAAUCAUAUUCACAAAUACGGCAGCGGGCACACAGAUGUCAUCGUUACCGAGAACAGCCAAAGUGCCACUCACUUCGAAAGGGAAGUCGACAGUGCCUGCGUUUUCCACAAUGCCAGUACCCGAUUCUCCGAUGGGUACAGAUUCGGCUUGGGUGCCGAGGUCGGUAUUUCCACCGCGCGAAUUCAUGCACGUGGCCCGGUGGGAGUGGACGGGCUGUUGACCACAAAGUGGGUGUUACAAGGUGAUGGCCAUGCAGCUGCUGAUUUUGCAGAGGGUGGUGACAAAGUUUGGUUGCAUCAAUCUUUACCCAUCAACGAAUCUGCAUGAAUUAAAUCCGAACAAUCUGAAGAUGUCGGAAUCUUCGCUUCUGCGACACGGAGGAUUUUACAUCAAGGAGGGAAAGAUCAAAGGACCGGCAUAUUUUUAUUCACAAAACAAUUUAAAUUGCGACCAACUAACAUCUUUUUCUCCUCUCUUCAAUCACUCGUCGCUAAAUGUUCACAGAUAGUUAAAAAUUUAACGAAGUGGAGACGUAGAAAGUUCCACAAGUCAUAAUGGCAUCUGUCUUCCACGAAGAUCUUCCUAUUUGAUAAAAACAUCAUUACUGUUAGAUCAUUGUUAUUUUAACAUAAUUACAACGCUGUCAAAAUAAUUAAAAUUAAUAAAAAUACGGCAAUCUUUAUAGAAUAGUUGUUGUAAAGUGCUGCUUUUAUUAGAUGAAUGUCUAGUUUCGUCUUGGAGCAAGUAUCAUUCGCAAAAGUUAUUGCCGUAACAAAAUAUAUUACUGUCCGUCACAAUAUAGCUUUCGUCUUUUUUCUCAACGAACCAAAGAAUAUUAAUACCUGGCGACAAAUAAAAGCAAUGUAUCACAUACAACUAAUAUCGUCAAUCAAUUUGUACUUGUAUUCUAUAUUUUAUUACCUCGUUACUCUUCCUUCUGAUUAUGAGAGAAUUAAAAGGUACAAAAAAAGAAAGGAAAUAGAAAAUCAAUUCUUAUCGGAAAAGAAACAUCCACUUGAUUACUCUGGAAAGUUAUCGUGAAACUUAUUAAAUAAAGUAAAAUCUCAACAGAGA